CUUGCUGGUGAAGAAGAAGCAACGUGUCCUUCGUGUUCUCUUGUUGUCAAAGUCAUUUACGAUAAAGAAGUUUUUCGAGCGAAGCACGAAGAAGUACAGAAGAAAACAUAUACAGAAGCAAAAAAGGAAAUAGCAUAAGGAUUAUUGAAUAAAAAUCAAAUAAAUUACCGUUCGUAUUAAAUCUACAAUCAUCAUGGCACAUAGAGGAAGAGGAAGAGGCAGAGCCUCAAUGUCAAUAAGCACUGAACAGUUGGGAUUUGGAAAAGGCGAAACUUUACCACCUCCAGUUCUUCAACCUCCACCAAAAUAUCCUCCUCUUGAAUUCAAAGCACCUCCUCCGGAGAUGACCGCUGAGUUUUCUUAUCUUUUAGAACUUAAACGAGAUUUCACUGAAACUGUUUACGAAUCUUUAAGUAAUGUUCAGUCUGGUUAUGUUAAAAAAGACAUAGAAAGGUACUCGGAUCGUUACCAAGAAAUUAUGUCUAACAAAGUUAAAUACGAAGAGUCUUGUGAUUGGAAUUCGAUGCCAAGAGAAUUAAAGUCUUCUCUAGCAAAAAGAAAAGCAAAGGAAUUAAAAGAAUUAAAACAAACUGCGAAAAAGAUUAAAAAGGAAGUUGAUAUUGAUAAAAAACUUGCUGAACUUGAGAAAAAAGAAAAUACAAAUGAAAAUGAAGCAGAAGAAGACGCAGAUAAUGAUGAAGAUGAUGAAGACAAAGAUCCAGACGAAAAUGUAGAAGAUGAGGAGGCAGAAGUUGAUGAAGAAAUGGAUGAUGGUACUGAUUAUGUAAAUAAUUAUUUCGAUAAUGGAGAAGGUUAUGAUGAUGAAGAAGACAAUCUUGACGAUGGACCUAUUUAUUAAUCAAUAAAAACUCGUUUUCUUAAAA